AGAACAAAAUGGCGGCCAGUCGAAGUUGUUGUGGAUUCUUAAACAUCAAUAAAAGCAUAACAUUUCUAUAUUAUGGACCAAAUUACAGAACCGCUCCAUGGUGUAAAGCUACGUACUCCAGCAGGGCUUCCUAUUUUCAGAGAUCAUGUCUCAUUCAAACAAGAACAAAAUCUGUCAGUGCUAAGAAUCUACCCAAGCCAAAACCAGCACCAAAAACCAAAGAGACUAGAUCUGGUUUCCUGGCAACUGUCACUCGAUACUUCCAUGGUGGUGGAACAGGGGUAACUGAGGACAGUGUAAAAAAGAAAAUUUCCGCCAAUUCAGUUGUGAUUCUUAAAAGCAUGUUAAAACAUGUUUGGCCAAAGGAUCGACGAGACCUGAAGAUUAGAGUUGUUGCAGCUGUUUGUCUUCUUGUUGGAGCAAAGGUCAUCAACGUCCAAGUACCAUUCCUUUUCAAAUAUGCUAUUGAUUACCUCAACAAGUUUGACCCAUCAACCAUAGCAACUGCUGGAGGAUUCCUGGCCACAACGUCGACUGCUAUUCUUCUUGCUUAUGGAUUAGCCAGGAUGAGUUCAUCUUUAUUUAAUGAGCUACGUAAUGCAGUCUUUGCUAAAGUUGCACAGGGUUCUAUACGUACUGUUGCCAGACGAACCUUUCUUCAUCUUCAUAAUCUUGACCUUACUUUUCAUCUGAACAGACAGACCGGUGCUUUGUCUAGAGCUAUUGAUAGGGGUACAAGAGGAAUCAACUUUGUACUCAGUGCCCUGGUGUUUAACAUUGUACCCACCAUAUUUGAAGUCUCACUUGUUUCUGGAAUUUUGGCAUAUCGAUGUGGACCAGAAUUUGCAGCCGUUGUCGUCGGAUGCCUUGGAGUGUAUACAGUGUUCACAUUAAGAGUGACUCAAUGGAGGACGCAGUUCAGAUCAGAGAUGAAUAAAGCUGAUAAUGAGUCUGGCGCACAGGCUAUUGACUCCCUGAUUAACUAUGAGACAGUAAAGUACUUUAACAAUGAGAAAUUUGAAGCAGAUCGAUACGACAAGCUUCUGGGCAAAUAUGAAGAAGCUUCUCUCAAGACAACAACAAGCUUAGCAUUCCUAAACUGGGGGCAGAAUUUCAUCUUCAGUGCAUCACUCAGUGCCAUCAUGCUGCUUGCAAGCAAACAGAUAAUGGAAGGUACAAUGACAGUAGGUGACCUUGUGAUGGUCAAUGGCCUGCUCUUCCAGCUCUCUGUUCCGCUUAACUUCCUGGGCUCAGUGUACAGGGAUCUGCGGCAAGCUUUGAUUGACAUGGAAGCUUUGUUUAACCUUCACAACUUGAAGACAUCAAUAAAGGACAAGCCAAAUGCCUAUCCUCUUCUACUCAAGGCUGGGGAUCCCAACUCUAAUGUCAUCUUUGACAAUGUCAGUUUUGAAUACCUGUCGGGGAAAAGGAUCUUGGAUAAGGUAUCAUUUGAAGUACCUUCAGGCAAGAAGAUCGCUCUCGUUGGAGGCAGUGGAUCUGGCAAGUCUACCAUUGUACGACUCCUGUUCAGAUUUUUUGAUCCUAUAGAAGGGCGCAUUUUGGUCUCUGGUAAAGACAUUCAAGAUGUUUCAGUAGAAAGCUUAAGAAAAAUCAUUGGUGUCGUGCCACAGGAAUCGGUGUUGUUUCACAAUGACGUCUUCUAUAACAUCAACUACGGACGCAUUGAAGCAACAGCUGAAGAGGUUUACCAAGCAGCAAGUAUGGCCGAGAUCCAUGAUGCUAUACUGCACAUGCCUAAAGGUUAUAGUACACAUGUUGGGGAGCGCGGACUCAAGUUAUCUGGAGGUGAAAAACAGAGAAUUGCUAUUGCAAGAGCCAUCAUCAAGGACCCACCAAUAUUGAUCUAUGAUGAAGCUACUUCGUCUUUGGAUUCUAUUACUGAAAUGAACAUCUUAAGUGCACUACGAAGAGUCACCCAAGGCCGUACUUCAAUUUUUAUUGCUCAUCGCUUGUCAACAGUCAUCGACGCGGAUGAGAUUCUUGUGCUCGAGGAUGGCAAGAUCCGAGAGAAGGGCAACCACUACUCACUGAUCACAGACCCUAACACUUUAUACGCACAUUUAUGGCACAAACAACAUGCUGCUCACACUAAAGUCCUGGAACAGCUUGACGAAAAUAAUUAUGACUCAGAUACCAAGGUGUUAUGAUGAAAAUUGACAGAACACAGUAAUGAGCUAGAGAAAUGAUACUGAGCAUCAGUGUUCAAGUAGAGCUACUCUCGACCCAAGAUUACUGCCAUUCUCAUCACGCAUGCUCAAAAUUAUCAAGCUUGUGUAUCUAGAAUGAAAGGGCUUUGGGGUUGAGAGCGUAGCAGAGGUUUAUGUACUGCACAUGUUUUAAAAAUUGCCGGCAAAGUGGCAGACACGAUUUAAAAUGUUGAAAUUUUUAAUUUGCGCUUGAGUUGAUGCCAAUCUUCGCCUUCUUUUCUGUUUCAAAAUUGUUUAUCUGAUUAAUUUUUAUUGCCAGAGUUUUUCCUGGUUUUGAAGAAAAAAAUUUUAUUUACCAUGCGAACAGAGGUUGUUUUUCUUCCCCUACUUUCCAGCAACCAGCAGGGGCUGAUCUAGGGGUGGUUAAAUAGGUGACUAGUCACCCCCCCUCCUUUUCUCUAUAUGUCUUUAAAACAGUCUUUUCCCCCCCUCUACCUUCAAAACUUCCUGAAUCUGCCCCUGGCCAGAACAGAGGUGAGAAAAAGGCCUCUUCAAGCAAGGUAUUUUUAUUUUAAGCAUCAAUGUCGAUAGGAGUUUGAUGCUGUUGACCUUAUCUUUAGAACAUGUGCAUCUUCCUUUGCAUGAUGCAUAUUUUGGAGCCAGCAAUCAUUUUGGUUAUCUCUAACACAAGGUUGGUUAAUAUCAUCUGUCAAUCAUCUGCUGAGAAAGAGACGAAAAGGAGCGAGACUGGCUAUGUAAGAGACUGAAUUGAGAGUGUCUUUAAUGGACCACAGGCAGCUUAAGCAAUGUUCUUGUGUAACCAAGUGCAGAAGUACAAAGCUUGGACUGCCUGUUAAAAAACAUUAGGAAUGAAAACCACCGUGUAGAUUGUAUAGAGUGUUUUCCUGUCAUAUUGAUGUUCAUUUUGAAAUAAAAAUAGACAUCAAAUCCUGGAGGAUAGAUAAUGUAUUGUUUUGGGUACACCAACAUGGCAACUGUGACGUCACAGGAAAACACUCUGUACAAUCUUUAGGGACAGACCAUUAGAUAGUUGAUGGGGGGUUGCGUAAAUCCCAAAAUAUAUAUCAAGCAACCUCUUCUGCUAGAAGAAAAAUAUCUAACUGUAUGCAAAAAAAUAACGUGCAAGGGUUGAGCCAAAAAGGCAAAUAUCAUGCAACCAAGAUUCCUGCAUUCCCCAUCAAUUAUCUAAUGGUCAAUCCCUUACGACAAAAAUGAGCAGAUUCUUGCUCAAUUUAUACUUGGCGAGUAGCAAAUCCAUCAGAGUGUUAAAAUUAAUCACACUCAAAUUAAUCACUCCAGGACAAUUAUCUUUCAAAUGAUUUUUAUUUACGAAUAUUUCUAUUUAGACAAGACAACAUACUAAGACAGAUAUGCCAUUUUUUGAUAAAUUAUAACAUGAAACAAUUAUUCAUCCAUUGUUCAAAAGAGAAAAUAAAAUCACUUACUUCCUUGUCCAUCAAUAAUGAUGAAGGGUAAAUUAUACACCGUGAAAAGAUGAAAAGACUUACUCACGUCUCGGACGCUAGUCCUUCAUCGGAGUCUUUCUCUUUUAUUCCGAUGAAGGACUAGCAUCCGAAAUGUCAUCUUUUCACGGUGUAUAAUUUGCCUUUUUAUCAUUACUGUUUCAUUAGAAACACAGACGCAGCUCACACUAGUUUUUAGCUAGUUAUAUCUCCUUGUCCAUCAAAUGACAGAGGUGUAACAAAUCACUGAACCAUUAGAAACCAAUCCUAUGACAGCAACCCUUUCACACCCCCUUCUCAAACACUCUUUCACAAAUAAAAACUAGUUGAUAAAACUACAAAAA